CCCCUAUAAAAAGCCACGUCAUUGGAGGGCGAUGAUGAUGACGAUGAGUGGCCACAGAUCUGCCUCUUCUGCUUAGCUCUUCCACACUUGAGAAGAGAGCCGCACACAGUCACUACUCCCAUCAACUCCUGCUCUUAAUUAGAGGAGAGAGAAAAUCUACUCACAUAAAACACACAAAGAAGGAGUCUACCACUUUCCUUUCAUAUCAUCAGUGGAAAACAUUGGGAUAAAAAAAAGAACAUGGGAGAGGAGAAGAAACCAGAGGAAGGAAAAAACACAGAUGUAGAGAAUAAGCCAGAGAAAGAGAAAGAGAAAAAGAAAGAAGAAAAACCAGCAGCAGAUGAGAAACCAAAGGGUGACGACAAGAAAUCAGAGGGUGGAAAUAAUGAGAAAGAUAAUAAAGAUUCAAAAGAAGAACAGCCUCCGCCGCCGCCACCAGAAAUUAUCAUGAGAGUUUACAUGCAUUGCGAGGGUUGCGCUCGGAAAGUCAGGAAAUGCUUGAAAGGUUUUGACGGGGUGGAAGAUGUUACGACGGAUUGCAAAACACAUAAGGUGGUGGUGAAAGGAGAGAAAGCAGAUCCAUUGAAGGUUUUAGAUAGAGUAACAAAAAAGACUCAUCGCCAUGUUGAGCUUCUCUCUCCUAUUCCGAAACCACCCGCCGAAGAACCAAAGAAGCCUGAGGAGAAAGAACCCCCUAAACCAGAAGAGAAAAAAGAAGAGCCAAAAGUGAUAACUGUGGUGCUCAAGGUUCACAUGCAUUGUGAGGCUUGUUCCUUAGAGAUCAAAAAACGCAUAGAGAGAAUGAAAGAGGUUGAAGAGGCAAUCCCAGAUCUAAAGAGCUCACAAGUGACAGUAAAGGGCACAUUUGUGGCUGCUAAUCUUGUGGACUAUGUAUACAAGCGCACAGGGAAGCAUGCUACCAUAAUAAAACAAGAUCCUCCUCCAGAGAAAAAAGAGGAUGAGAAGGGCAAAGAUGGGAAAGAGGAAAAAAAAGGAGAAAAUGGAGAUGAAGGAAAAAAAGCUGAACAAAAAGGGGAAGAAGAAGGAAAGGGAGACAAAAAAGAAGCCGUUGGCGGCGGAAAAGGUGGUGGAGAGGAUGGAAAAGCAGCAGCCGAUGGCGGCGAUGGGGCAACUGUGGUGGAGGAGGGACCUAGAAUUGUAGAAAUAAAGAGGAAUGAAUUUUACCAAUACCCUCCUAGAUAUUACAUGGAUCAAGCAUAUCCUCCUCAGAUCUUCAGUGAUGAGAACCCUAAUGCUUGUUCCAUCAUGUAAAUUUUUACUUCUGAACAAUUGUGGGGACAAAAUCUUUGGUUGAUUUACUUGGUAGUAUAAUUUGAAAAAUUGAAAAAAGAAAAAAAAGAAAAAAGGCGGGCGGUGGGUGGGUGGUGGCCUGGUGGGGGAGGGAAGGGUAAUUGGGCAAAUGUACAAUUUUUGCCUUCCUUUUUGUCUCUUUACAUGUGCUCUUAUCUUUAGUUAGUAGUACUAGCACCUUUAAUAGUUUAGACUGUUUAGUGUAAAAUCCAUGCAAGAGAAGUCGUCCUAGAAUGAACAUUUUUUUGAGGCUCUUUGUACCUUUUUGUUAGAGUGCUUAUUAUGUGUAGUGUCGUAGUGUAACAAUAAGGAAAUUAUAUAAAAUCAUGUAGUAUUAGCAACAGUAAAUAAAUAAAAACAAGUACUUUGAAACCAA